ACAGUACUUUGUUCAAAGAUUGAAUGCACUUAGUUUUUUUUUAGAAGCCAUGGGGGUGAGUUUACUUUUUAGCUUCACUGCAAAUCAGGGAAAGACUUCCUUGAUCAAAGGUCAUGAAUUUGAAUUUGGUAUUUUCUAAAUGCACACAUGCACAAGACAUAACACACAGGAGGAAACGAAAAACGAUUUAGCUCCUUUAUAUUAAGAUAGCUAAGCUGUGGCUGGAAGAAAAACUGCCGUGAAGCCACAGUGGUAGACAGGCGAAGGAAUGCAAAUCUGUGAUGGUGGAUCAGCUUAUUUGACUUGUAUGUAAACACAAUAUAUUCAUAUUAGCAAAAUCCUUGCGUCCUGGUGUAAAGUAAAGCCCUUGAUCCCGAGCGACUGUUGCGCUCCUGGAUACUCCAAAUGCUCAGACUGAUCUCGUUUAGGACGGAAGCAGCGCUGCUUGCAGCUACACCCCAGGGCAAAGAGCUCUCUUUAAUUGCCCUUGCACAACACAGACGUAGCAUUUAGUGUGUUACAACAUUCAAAGGUGAUUUUGGUGGGUUGCGUUUCCCCGGCGAUCACAUUUGUAGUUGUGAAAUCUAAUAGGAGGUUUUACUUUACUUUUUACUCUACACUGUGUGGACAUGCAUGUGUCUCAGAGAGCAGAUACGCUUCCUGCUGCUGUUCAGUCGGCAGGGGAAGCUGCGUCUGCAGAAGUGGUUCACGCCAUUUACGGACCGGGAGAAGAAGAAGGUGAUCCGGGACAUGAUGGCGAUGGUGCUGGCUCGCACGCCGCGCUCCUGCAACUUCCUCCAGUGGAGGGACCUGAAGAUCGUGUACAAGAGGUACGCCAGCCUGUAUUUCUGCACUGGCCUGGAUGACCAGGAUAAUGAGCUGCUGGUCCUGGAAGUGCUGCACAGAUACGUCGAGCUGCUGGAUAAAUACUUCGGAAACGUUUGUGAGUUGGACAUCAUUUUCAACUUUGAGAAGGCCUACUUCAUCCUGGAUGAGUUCCUGAUGGGAGGAGAGGUCUUAGAAACUUCCAAAGCUUCUGUCGCUGUGGCUUUGGAAGAGGCUGACACACUGCAAGAGACAAUGGAAGAAUACUUAAACAAACCUGCCUACUGAGCCAAGUGAAGACGAGGAUGUUUCAAGACGAAGGCUGAAGGUUUAUCACUGCAAUUGUUUCUUUUAGUGCCUAAUGAUGACACAUUUGACAUGGUCAGUGAUACGGCUGUAGUGUCAUUAACUUUUAAGAAUUGUAAUUAAAUGUCAAGUGACUUUUUAAGGCUCGCAUUUAUGCAGUGUUGUAUAAGAGGUGACAAAACUGAGAAGAGGCUGUAUUUUUCCAACUGGGUAACCCCUAGUGCACAGGAAAUCUUGGCUCAAGAUAUUUAUUUUUAAAAGGAAGCUUUGUGACGGUGAAAAGAAGAAACACGACACAGUAAGGAAAAACUAAAGUCAAUGCUUUAUUUACCUCAGGUAUGUCACAUAUGACCACAUUUAAGAAAGAAUUACCAAAAAACACAAGUGAAUCUAAGGGAUCCAACACUGAUUUAGGUUGUGUGUGUUUGUUUGUGUAUGUGUCUGUGCAUUGAAAUGUAAAGCUGGUGAGACACGUUUACUGGUUGUUAAGUGUGGUUCAGCAACCAAUUCAUAUUAAAAAAACAUCAAAUGAG